AUGAGUAGUGGAGAUGUUGAUGUGGUUGCUUCUCCAGAUCAGAAUAAUACUGCUACAGAAGAUAAAUCAAAUCAAUCACAUUCCCCAGUAAGUGAUCUGAGUAGUAAUGUGAAGGUCAAGAAAACACCAACUUCAUGGGAACCAGAAGACGACGUUCUUCUAAUGCAUCUUAAGGAGGUUCAAAAACUAGGUUGGAAACAAAUAGCAUCACAUUGUAUGACAGCAAAUUCUGCUCAAUUCAGAUGGAGGCGGCUUAAAUCAGGUAAUUUAAAAAAUUUACCUAAAUCAGCUGCUGCAUUGGGUGAUAAGUUCAAACAGAAUCAAGAGUUUUUAAAUUCAGGUUCAUCGUCUAAGAAAAAGAAAACAACUCAAACACCAUCACAAACACCUACACUACCUAAACCCGAAUCAACAGAUAAUUACCAAUACAACAACGCUCCCAGUGGUGGUUUUCAAGGUUUCGAUAAUAAUAUAUCCACUGCUUUAGCUGGCUUAAAUGCACUAUCAAAUUCUCCAUCUUAUAUACCUCAUUCGAAUGUUACCACACCUAAAAUGUCAGUUGCAUCACCUAAUAAUAAUGGUCCACCAACAAUUGUUACAACAGAUUCCAAUAAUAUUGAAACUACUGAAGAUCAAAAUUAUGAAAAUUCUCCAGAAUCAGAUUUGGAGUUAGUCAGUCGAUCGGGUAUAAAUAUACCUGGUGGCACUGGCGGCUAUUAUACUGAAUUAGCCGUAGAUCCAACUAUAAACUUACCACAUAAUAGAUCACAUCCUGAAACUCCAUCAUCGUUAACACCACGAAACUCAACUUCUCAUAUAAAGGAUCACGCCAAUUCAAUUUCAGUUGCUGCAUCUGCUCUCAGAAAUAAUUCCAUAAUUCAAAUCACAAAUGAUGAUAGGGCGUCAAUACUGUCUAUAACUAGGGCAUCAGUUUCUUCAUUACCUUCAAAAUCAAUGAACAUACCGCAUCAUCAACUGGGGAAUAAUCAGUUAGCUCACUUACCUGUUUUAUUUGGUGGAGCAGGCAGUAUCAGUGGCCCUUCAAGAAACUCUAGUAUCAGUGGAGCUGGAGGGGUACAUCAAACUACAGUUUCCAGCUUAAGAAAUGGUUCAUUAGCUGGAGCAAGUCUGGGAUAUUACUCCAGAUCAGGAUCUGUGGUGAUACCUCAUAAUACAAAUGAAGAACCGUUAAAGAUUGAUAAAGAAAAAAUUGAAGCUAGUAAUAAGAAAUUACAAAAAUUGAGAAGAAGUUUACCAUCAUCAACAACUUCUAAGAAAAGACAACAAAAUAAAAAGCUAGAUCUACCUUGGGCAAUGGAAGAAGACGAACUUUUGAUAAAUAGGAGGAAUAGAGAAUUGUCAUUUGCAGAAUUAUCAAUACUACUACCCCAACGUACAGAAGGAGAAAUUUGGUCAAGAAUAGACCAUUUAGAAAAAUUAAGAAAUGGAAACGAUAGAAAUGCACACUCGAGAGAUCCAAGAAAAAUUAGACAAAGUUCAAUUGGAUUAGAUGACGUCAAUGAUUUAUAUGAUGACGAUGAUGAUGACGAUGUAAUAGGAGAUAUUGGAGUAAGUGAUGAUGAUGAUGAUGAAAAUGCUUUAGUUGAUGUUGAUGAUGUUGUGACAAAUGGUAGAAAUAGAAAAAGAAGAGCAAGUUCUGCUAUUAAUCCGUUAGCUAGGCGUCCAAUACGAAGACUACAUUGA